AUGGAACAACCAUCAAUCACUUAUUCUGCCAACCAAUCUGUCGACUAUCUUGGACAUACUCAUAACUGGUCUGACACUGAUGUUAUUUCUUCUUACAAACAAGUUUGCCAAGCCCUCGCUACUUGUCAAGAAAAGUGUCGUGAAGAAUCUUUCAAUCAAAAACAACCUAAAAAUUCUCGUCCUCUUCAACAACAACGCUCUUCGGGUAAGACUAUUGGUAACAUUAGCAAACAACUUCAACAACAAAAAUAUGAGUCUGCCCUUCGUGCCGAAGAGAAACGUUUGAUUCGUAUGAAGAAUGCCCUUUGGAGACGUAUGGGUUCUGCUGUUGGUUGCGUUGGAAAAGGCAAUAAAUUAGUCUCUCCAAAAGCUUUAAAAUGGCAAAAAGAAUGCGAUAUUCUUUGGUUAUUUGGACCCCUUUAUCAACCUGAUAAUGAUCCAUUCAUGGAAGAUGAUGAUGAUAAAACUUUAGUCGGAAGUCCACCAGGCACUUGUUGCCCACCGUCACCCAUCUUUGGUGCUACUUCUGCAUCUCCAUUACCAAGUUCCUUUGAUCUUCCAACUCCUCCAUCCUCUCCUCAGAACUCUCCAUCAAUCUACAUUAAACCAGUUUUGAAGAAACCUGUGGAACAUGAUCCAUUAAAAGAUCUCAUUUCUUAUGCCUAUGAAAUGAUGUUAAUUAAUGCUGAUACAAAUCAAAAAUCUUAUGAACCUAAACAAAAGAAAAAGACUAUUAGGUUCAGUCGUAAUUUGGAGCAAGUUCAUUAUACUCCAACUCAUUAUUCUACUGUACGUCCACCAACUCCUCCUAACCGACGUAGGGUUAAUAAUCCGUUCCACUUAGCUUCUGAAAAUGAUAUGUUUAAAGAUCAAGGUAUUAAGCAACCUGUCAAUUACGAUCAAAUGUUUGCUAUGGCUAAAGAACAAGUCAAAUCUACUGGAAAACUUAAUUUACCUUUCGGUAAAGAUGGUCCUUGGAUGGGUGGAAAUUAUCAUGAUGAUGAUUUACCACUACCUCAAUUGGUCAGAUCUUCUCCACGUUCUAUCCCACAACGUGGUUCUCCACCAAGAAGAGCUCCUGUUCCUCAUUAUAAUGUUCCUCAUUAUAAUAAUGUUCCUCGCAGGAUGGUACCACGUAGUGCUAUUGAAGUUAAACGUAUGAGUAAUCAACAAAUGAGAUUCCCUGAAAUUAAUGAUUCUGGUGUUGUGGAACGAUGUGUUAACAUUGCUUCUAAUGUUAAAGAUGUUGGAAGGGCGACCUUUCCACCAUACCCUUGA